AUGGCCGAGCUUCCUCCCCUGAAGAAGAAACCACGGGCGAAGAAGGCUGCGACGAAGCCAGCGGCGAAGCGAAAUCUCCCUGUCAAACACGCUGUUGACCCAGCUCUGUGCUUUGUCAAACGUUUGCCGGCCGAAAUCCUUCUGGAAAUCUUCACAUACUGCAAAUACUUCGACACCGACGCGUCGCGCACGCCGUGGUGGGUCAGGUCAUAUGUUAGGGACAUUGACCGCCCAUGGCCGACCAUGCUGUGUCUCUCUCACGUAUGCCAGGCUUGGCGUCAUUUCACCCACACGCACGGCUACCUGUGGACAGAGAUCCUGGUCGACAACUUGAAAUGGACGCAGUUGUACAUCAAGUACUCUAGUCGUUCCCCGUUGCAUCUAUCCUUCGAUCCAUUCGCCCAGCGCUGCCCCAUCGACGACGGCGCGAAAUCUGCGCCUCACUUUCGUGCAGCAACACGCGCUAUCAAGGCUUUAGACCGCGUGCGCGAGUUGGACAUAUGCGGUCCCGUGAAUGCCGAUGCGCUGUCCAUCCUCUUCACCGCCGGCGAGAAGUGCGCGACGACAAUGUUCAGACAGGGCUUUGCUACGUUCAAUCCCGACAACCCGGGAGCUUUCAUACCUGCUCCGAAAGCGCUUCGCAUCCUCUCUCUUCAGAACUUUGAGACCAACCGCCACAUGCGCCUCUUCCAUUCGCCGCUCACAUCCCUCACCUUGACCAAGGCAUUCGUCGGGUCCCCGGACGAUUCGGAACGGCUCGUGAGCCCUCUUGUGGAAAUCAUUCGCCAGAUGCCUACUCUCGAACAUCUCGAUGUCACCUCACCGAUAUACGAACCCGAGGACCUCGACGCACUGGAUAACCCGAGGGGUCCACAUACCACCAGAGCCUUUCUGCCGAAUCUCAAGUCGUUGUACCUUCACGACGAACUGCCGCAGGCACUCUCCUUUAUCGAAUCCCUGGAACUGCCGCCCAACGUGAAGUUCACACUAGUUUCCGAACCUUGGGGUGAAUACGACGACGAAGAGAUGAUGCACGAGAGCGCGCGGGAGGUCCCGUCCCACGAUCCGCGGCUACGCGCUUUCUUUGACGCCCAGUACGGCGAGGCUAGUAAAGCUGGCUCGCGCUUCACACGCUUGAACAUCAUGGACAGCCAAGAACCUGAGAACUCGGCCCUCGCCAUCGCCGUCGAGCUCGCCGAUCCUUCUACUCCGCCACUGCCGGAAAGCGUCUUACUCACUUUGGACUGUGAGAUGUAUGUUGGUGGCGCCGGAGGGAGCAAAGCAGUAUUGCGCCAUCUUCCGCUCUUACCGCCUUUGGACGGUGUGCGUAAUUUGGAGCUAUAUAUCCGAUUGGACGAAGCAGGGUGGAGGGAGCUCUGUCGUUCACUCACGGCGAUCACUCGCUUAACAGUACACACCGCUCAGGCAGCCCAAUCUUUUCUACGCGUGGAUAAGGCUAGCGAGAGACCCCUUUUUCCCCAUCUGGAAUGCGUGACGCUGGACGGAUGUAUAUUCUUCGAGGAGUGGGACGAGUUGCUCGCGUUCUUGCGCCGUCGCAGUAGCGAUGCCGGGCGAACUAUCCAGUGGCAGUCGACGAGUGCCGACUUCAAACAUACCAGAGAAGAGGAGAAGGAGCUACUGGAUAAGAUGGAAAGAGGAGGAUUUGCGCCGUUGAAGUGGUGUCGACCAGAAUUCUUCAACUACGAGACUGUAUCAGCGAAGGACAAGAACGCUGCAAGAUUUGGGGCCUUACCGAUACGUACUGGGAUAGCUUUGGGGCGUUAG